AUGUUUGCACGGAGCUAUGGUUGGCGUACCUCGUUCCAAAGCGUGCGUGAACUGCAGAGCGCGGCGAAAAGGCGUAUGCGACCACCUAAUGCUCCAACUGUACUUGUGACGGCAAGCUCUGACUAUGGCUUACAGUGCGAUGCUGGACGCCCCUCUUGCAGCCAAUGUACCGACAGAGGUGUUGCAUGCAAAGGCUAUCCAACUACGUUGAACAUUCGCUUCGAAAACCCCGGGGCUAAACUGACUGGAGCCGUGCCUGGCUAUGAGGCCAAGCGUCCUAGAAACGCUAUUGCCAUCCGCAAUCGGCUUCCCGAGGCUGCGUUAGCUAUCCUCCCGCAGACAUGUAACACAGCGGCUCUCCGAUCUCAGCUGUAUGGUCAAUAUAUCGAGGAGUAUCUCCCCCAUUCGUCGGGGGUAUGGCCUGAACUCCAGACUGAUUUAGAAGUUCUACCUUCCACUUCAUGGCUGCACGCCGCGUCUUCUGUCCCGGCUUCCACUCCGCUUCUUCCCGAUGCCCUCGCCGCCCUGUCAUUGGCACAUCUGGCUCAAGGCGCGAAAAGGGCCGAGUUCCUCUAUCAAAGCCGCACAGCGUAUGUCCGAGCUCUUCAAGGGCUCAACAAGGUCCUUCAAAGGGAUGGUCAACAUCUACAAGAUGACACUUUGGCUGCGGUAAUGGCCUUGAGUAUUUACGAGGUAAGCAAUUUCAAGCAACCUUACUUUGUAGACUGGGCCGAUUUUCGAUCACAGAUGCAAAGUGGUUCACGCACACGGGCGCAAGGAUGGGUUUCACACAUCCGAGGGGCGCAAGCACUGGUACAGUUGCGAGGCCAACGAAACUUUUCCAAUUCUUUCAGCGAGAGGCUAUUCCUCGGUUCUAGGUUAACGGAGUUUAUUUCCGCUAUAGGAAAACGAAAAGCCAGCCCAGCAGCUCUCCUGUGGUCGACAGCUCACACACAAUUUGAAACACCUACCCAUAUCCAGCUUUUCGAGAUUUUGCACUCUUUGCCUGGAAUCAUGGAGUUAGCAGACAACAUCAACCCAUCUGAACUGGAAAAGUUGUCUCAGGCCAACCAAGGUAGAUACACCGCUCUUUUCGACGAGCUAGCCACCAAUGCACUCAAACUAGAUGAACAAUUGAAUGUGUGGUAUGCAAUAUUGAAAGCUCAGAAUCAACACCACCAUAGAGGUGAGCUAUACUGGAGAUCGCCUUCUACAUUAUACAGGCAGCUUCCGCCCAAAAGCCCCGUCAGAGACUUGCCGUUUGAAUUUUUCCAUUGUUUCCCGGACUCAGACAUCGCUCAACAAGUCGUCCUCUACUGGUCUGGCCGUCUCCUUCUUCAGAGCACUAUAUGGCUGGCGAAGGAACGUCUCCUUCGCGCUGGUUAUAGUGCUGCCUUCGGCACGCACCCUUCGUCAUCAACCUUGAGUCUCACAUCCGGCGCGACGGGGUUAGGACUAGAAGCUGCCCAUACACUGCCUCAGGCCCUGCCUCCAGAAGCGCUGUUGAUCACUCAGUCUCUCGAAUACUUUGUCCAUCCGGAUAUGGGCUUCUUGGGCACCAACUUUGUGGGGUUUCCCAUGGCAGUUGCCCAGGGAGCCCUUGGGCACUUCGAAGCACCUGAACUGGCAUGGUUUGAUGUUGUUUUUGAGCGGAUGCGUCAGAUGAAGUCUGGCUUGAGGGGAUUUCUCGAUGAGAUGGCACGCGGGACUGGAGAUGCACAGCUUAGAUUAUUAAGGGUCUAG